AAUAUAAUAGGGCACUAUAUAAGGACUAGUCCUUUAUUUUGCAUCUUGAGAAAGACGCUAGGAAUAUUAUGUGUAUGGUAUAUGUCUGGCAGAAUUAUGACACGAAAAUACUAUUUUUUGAUUGUCAUUGCGGCAUUAUCUCACCUUCCAAACGCAGCAUCACAAGGACAAUGUGAUGCCACUACACAAGCAUGUCCGGAACACUCGACGUGUGCUGCCGAUAACACUAAUUGUGAGUGCGAUGAGGGAUACAAGCCAAAUGUUGCUGGAGAUGGUUGUGUUGCAAAAGGUCUGAGCGACGCAUGCUCUGCUGAUACCGAAUGUUCUGCCGUCACAGAUUCUUUAUGUGGUACAGAUUUGCCAAGGAAAUGCAUUUGUAAAGCUUCUCAUAAACCACAUGGAACAGACGGAACAUGUAUACCUAAAGUAAUUGGUGGACAAUGCUCAACUGAUGUGGACUGUAAUGUUGAUAACUCACAAUGUACAGAGAAUAAAUGUGAGUGCACAGACGCAUAUAAGUAUCAGGACACUGACGACAUUUGUAUUGCUAAAGGUCUGAACGACGAAUGCUCUGCUAAUACUGAUUGUUCUGCCGUCACAGAUUCUAUAUGUGGUACAGAUUCUCCAAGGAAAUGCAUUUGUAAAGCUUCUCAUAAACCACGUGAAACAGACGGAACAUGUGAACCUAAAGGCCUUGACGACGACUGUUCGGGGGAUACGGAUUGCGCAAACGUUGCUGAAGCUAUUUGUGGUACAGAUUCUCCGAGGAAAUGUAUCUGCAAAAAUACUCAUAUACCACAUGAAACCGAUGGAACAUGUGUAACUAAAGUAAUUGGUGGACAAUGCUCAAUUAACGGGGACUGCAUUGUUGAUAAUUCACAAUGUACAGAUAAUAAAUGUGAGUGCACAGACGCAUAUAAGUAUCAGGAAACUGACGACACUUGUAUUGCUAAAGGUCUGAACGACGACUGCACGGCUAAUACCGAUUGUUCUGCCGUAACUGAUGCUAUUUGUGGGAUUGAAUCUCCAAAGAAAUGUAUCUGUAAAGAUACUCAUAAACCUCAUGAAACUGAUGGAACAUGUGAACCCAAAGUAAUUGGUGGUUCAUGCUCAAACAAUGAGAACUGUAAUGUUGAUAAUUCACAAUGCAAUACAGAGGGAAAAUGUGAGUGCACAGACGCAUAUAAGUAUCAGGGAUCCGACGACACUUGUAUUGCUAAAGCUGUGAACGAAUUAACAUGUACGGAUAAAUUAAAUCAAUGUGAAGAUAUUACCAACGCUGAAUGCGAUGACGAAAACGAAAAAUGCAGGUGUAGCCUGGGAUUCACAAUGAAUGCAAACACCUGUGUCGGAAACACUGCUGCACAUACAACAAUAGGAUUUGCUUCGAUGUUUUGUUGUUUUCUCGCACUGCUGAUUACAUAAGUAUAGGCAGUUUGUGUAUCACUAAGCUACUUCCCAGUUUGGUUUUCGUUAUUUUUUAUACUUGUCGCUUUAUUUCUACAUUGUAUUGACACUUUUAAGUUAUUGCAUGCCAGUGUUAUUAUGUUUAGUUAUUUUCACUGAAAGUUAUUGGGAUGACUAAUUUGGACAUUAUUUAGAAACAAAAUCAUGAUAUAACGCCGAUUCUAGCCUUCAAUCUAAAUAAAACAAGAAUAUAUUCUUAAAACAGAUUUUACUGUCUUGCUGCACAAGACUUUCGAGCUUUUUCAGUUGUUUUUUUAAAGAUUUGUAUGUAUGUUAAGGAGAAAUCGUAUAAUCAGAGUGCUUUCUCUGCAUACCUUUAUUUUUACGGUCUUUUUUUUUUGGAGUGACUGAAUUUGUACAAACACAAGACAUAUUGCCCUCUUAAAAUCAGUCACCAGACGAAUGACAAUUAACAUAUUUGUAUAUAGAUAUUAACAUUCAAUUAGGAUUACAAUGUGCAAAAUUUGUAUAAGAUUAUUUUUUCUUCGCCCCCUUUUUAGUGUUUUCUUUUAUUGGAUUUAAUCAGAUUUUCUGGGUUUUUUCUUUUGUUUGUUUUAUUUAAAGAAAAUAGACAAAUGUUUAGUUUUAAAUGAGAGAGGCGCAUCUAUCAUUUGAGUAUAUUCCAGUAGUUUUUAUUGUAAUUGGGAUACCAGUUUUAAGCUAGUAAGCUUUUGACUACUGGAAUUGGCAAUUGUCGGUUUUGAAUAUUAUCUUAGAUUUUAUAAGGUAAGCGUUUAAUUCACGUAACAACAUAUCUGAUUUGAAAUGGCUGUUAACUGAUGUUAAUUUGGUUUUUGUAUUGGUUUAGAACUAUUUCAGCAGUCAUUAUGCGAAACAGAUAAAAGAUAAUAUUCCUGACUAGCGCCAUGUGAUUAUGUUUAAAUGGUCUUCCUCAUUUAAAAUCAUAAAAAUAAUUAUCGUAUUUGGUCAAAAUUUUAAAAUUAUUAAAGCUUUUUCUUAAAUAGAUAGUUUAACUUUAUCAUACUGACAAUAUCAAAGUACGUAGCUACUUUCUUAGAUUACAAUUUAAAAGAUAUUGUAUUUGUUGUCAUCGAAUUUGUAUUUUUUUUGUAAAACAUGACACCAACAAUUAAGACACAAACUACUUAUUGUAAUAAACAUUUGUCUUUAACCUAACUUUC